AUGGCAUCCUCGUUCAUUACCACAAUAAAUUCACGGACGCGGGGGCCAUUCCGACCGCGAACAGCGAAUAAAGGCACAGGAAACUAUCAGCUUCGACAGUUUGCAGAAGCAACACUGGGGAGUGGAAGUCUGCGGAAGGCCGUCAAGCUACCUGAGGGAGAGGACCUCAACGAGUGGUUAGCUGUUAACUUGGUCGAUUUCUACAACCAGAUCAACCUUUUAUAUGGAUCAAUCACCGAGUUCUGCUCGCCGCAGACAUGUCCGGAGAUGAAGGCGACAGACGAGUUUGAAUAUCUAUGGCAGGAUAAUGAGAAUUUCAAGCGCCCGACCAAGAUGUCCGCACCUGAAUACGUCGAACACUUGAUGACAUGGGUGCAGGCGAACAUUGACAACGAGCAGAUGUUCCCUAGCCAUAUAGGUGUGCCGUUCCCAAAAACAUUCCCUUCACUGCUGAGACAGCUGUUUAAACGCAUGUACCGUGUCUACGCACACAUAUACUGCCACCACUACCCGGUCGUCGUCCAUCUCGGGCUCGAACCGCACCUGAAUACCAGCUUCAAGCACUAUGUUUUGUUUAUUGAAGAGCACGGUUUGGCUAGCGGGAAAGACUUCUGGGGUCCAUUAGGUGACUUGGUGGAGAGCAUGCUUCGGAGCGACUGA